GCUGGUUAUGUGGCUGCUAAUAUGUACAAGAAGAUGGGAGGAGAGAGUUGGGUGUGGAACAUUAACCUCACCUCUUGCCUGUUCUCUUUUCCAUUUUUCCUCAUCUGGAGCGUGAUAAACACAAUGUCCUGGAUGCAGGGGACCACACAGGCACUGCCAUGGGGGACCAUUGUACUCUUGAUGACUCUCUGGGUACUUGUAGGAUACCCCUUGACAGUCAUCGGUGGGAUCUUUGGAAAGAACUACGCCAAUGGCUUUGAUGCCCCUUGCCGUACCAAGAACAUCUCCCGCGAGAUACCAGACGUACCCUGGUACAGGUCCGCAGGUGUCCACUGCCUCGUUGCGGGAUUUCUACCAUUUAGUGCAAUCUCCGUGGAGCUGUACUACAUAUUUGCCACACUGUGGGGACGGGAGCAGUACACGCUGUACGGAAUAUUAUUCCUGGUCUAUGUGAUCUUACUGAGCGUGACAGCCUGUAUCUCUGUGGCGCUGACCUACUUUCAGCUCUCGGCGGAGGAUUAUCGUUGGUGGUGGCGGUCCAUAUUCAGCGCAGGGUCUACGGGGAUGUUCGUGUUCAUGUACUCGCUGUUCUACUACUUCAAGCGCUCCAACAUGUCAGGACUGUUGCAGACGGUGCAGUUCUUUGGUUACACCAUUCUGGUCUGCUACGUGUUUUUCCUGAUGUUGGGGACCGUCUCCUUCUUCGCAGCAUUAAAAUUUGUCCGGUAUAUCUACGUCAACAUCAAAAUGGAUUGAGGGAUUUGUGGGGAUUGGUGGUAAACUUUUUUUUAUGUACAGCCCGCUUUGAGGUGGGAGCUGUGGGGAUAUACGUUUUAAAGCCUCAUUUUGGACCAGGAACUGUAGACAUAUCUUUGUGAACAGACUGCUUUUACAAUCUAACAUACAACUUGAAUGUGAGAGACUUAGAUUUAGUUGAAAUGCUUCAUAAUGUUCGUCGUCAAGCAUUUCUGUGAAGUUAUUUUCUUGAAUAAGGACAGCAGUUAUUGUACAAAAAAUAUCUGCUUUUAGUUGCGGGUUUUGUAAUAUAGCAGAGGUGUAAAUAGUAAAUAUGCUAUUGUUCAUGAUACUUGUAACCAGUGGGGAAUUACAGGGGCCAUGGUACUUGAAAUCUUAGUAGGGCAUACCUACAACCUCCUUUGUAACAUUUCCCCUCUCCAGCCUCAUAUUCCAGGCCUUUUUUCCUAAAAUUAUGCCCUUCAUCUUAUUUGAUCCAUUUGUUACCAGUUUAUGCCCAGUGAGGACAGUUACUGCCCUACGAAGAAAGUUUAUGCCCUUCGAAGAAAGUUUAUGCCCUAUGAGGAAAGUUUAUGCCCUCUAUUUCCCAUUCCCUGGUGGAUGAUUUAUGACUUAUGUGGAUAAUAAAUGCCCUCUAAAAGGUCACCUGUUGGGGUGAACAGAGGUUAAACACAAUCAAAUUUGUUCAAGGGAUUUUAUAGUAUGGGUACUACCAUAUAACGCAACUGGUCCAAAUGCUAUGGAAAUCUGUGUAUAUCUAUGUAAUUCACUAAUCUUUGAAUGGAAAGAUGUAUUUUUAUGUAAAUGGAUAAUUGUAUAUGAUAAACUUUAUAAACGGAAAGAUAGGUAGCAGUAUGCACCUGUGGUAUCCAGAGCUUGGGUUGCACUAUGAGUUGUCUGCUCUUGACUGUUCCACAUUUUCAGUACUUUAGACAGGAAAUUCUCUCUUUCCUGAAAGAAUUUAAAUGUUUAAUACAAAUAACACAAGAUACUGUAUUGUCGCUGAGAGAGGAUUUUAAAUUUAGCUUUAAAUGUAACUUAUUAUUUGAUUUCAAAAAUAGUUUGGUGAUGUAGUGAAAAUAUUGUUUUGUGAUUAGUGUAACAAAGUAAUCAUGUUGAUAUAUGACUGGGGGCAUUUUCAGAAAGCUUCACCUUCUCUUGAUGUAGUGUUUAAUUGUAAGAUAUUGUUACCGAGAACAAUAACUCUGCAUAAAGACACAUUUUGACUAAUGGUAGCCAGAUUUUUUUUUUUUAAGCAAAGAACUUUAAACUGAAUAUUGGUCUAAACUUUUAGCCAAUAAUUUUAGUCCAAUAUGACCCACAAUCAGUGGUACUCCUUUUUAGUACAAUAUUAUGCCUACUGAUUGACAAGAAAUAAAAUGGCUAUCAUUUUAGACCAAUAGUUAGUCUACUUUAGUGGACACUUGCAGCUUUCUUCUGAACUGAAAUAAGUCAAAGUUUUUGCCCGAAGUUCUUUUGUGAAAACUGACCCAGAUAUUAUUGCAAUUAAGUUCUGAGUUUUGUUUAUUAGUCCUGUUGGCAAACUACUUUGUUAUAUUACUAGUUUUUUUCUAGCAGCAUUAUUUAUUCUCUGGUAGUUGUAGUAGCAGUAGUAAGGUAAAGUCUUUUUUUUUUUAAAUCAUCUACUGCUUGUAAAGUAUUUCUCAUUACUUUGUUCCUGCCCUAUAACUUCAGUAUUCAUUGUAUUGUGAUGUCAUUUAGGGUUGUUUCUGUAUAUGUUUGAUAACCGUAUCUAAUAAGGAUGUGACCUUUCUUAAUGUUAUCAGUUAUGAAAUUGGACAUUGGUCCCAAGCUUUUCAAGAAAUUGUGACCAAAUGACAAAUUUAUGUUUAACUUAGCAAAAAACUCUGAUAGAUCUUAUAGAAAUGAUAGAGAUAUUGGAUAAGUUUCCAAACUGUAGAUUAGAUAUUUGUUUUUAUUUAUUGUUUAUUCACCAAUGGUCCAGAAAGCAGAGAAGGUUUGGAAAACAGUACAACUACAUUUUGAACAAGUCUGGUUUGCAGUAAAUUGUGACACUGGAAGUAAACUGGGUAUUUUUCUCCAUAGUUUUGAUGUAAAUUUUAAAUGCAACAGUUAAAAUUAAAAAAAAAAAAAAGUUAAAGGAUUUGGGGGACAUUUCUAUGUGGAUUUAUGGCAGAGGUCAAGUGAGAUCUCGAAUAUAGAUGUCACUUAAAAAACUGAGUGAGAUAUUUUGGGUGAGGAGUACAUUUAAAGAUUGGACUUUGUGUGUGUGAGAGGUGGGGGGAGAGGUUAGACUCUCCACCCACCUCCAUCAAAUCCUGAAUUGGACCCUGGGGCUCCCUAAAUGUAUCUUUAAUGCUAAAGUGUAACUUCACUGUGGAAAACUGCCACUGUAGAACUGAGCACCAAUUAAAAUGUCUUUUUGUUUUAUUAUUUUAUGUCUGACUUGUAAAGGAGGGAUUCAACUGAAUUUGUGGAACUGAAGAGAGAAGAAUAAAUAUAAAGUUAAAGGUGAA